AUGAACGUUCGUUUUAGCUGGUUCCAGAUGAUUUCCUUCCAUCCACCGUCCAUCAUCAUCUCCCCUGCCAAUGCACCGAGGAGGAAAGAUACAACUCAGAACAUAUUGGACACAAAACAAUUCACUGUCAACAUCAUAAGUGAACCGUUUGUGGAGAAUGCGAACGCAUGUGCUAUUGACGCACCCGAAGACUUCAACGAAUGGCCGUUGAGUGGACUCACGCGUGAGCCAAGUACUUUCGUCAAACCUGCCCGAGUCAAAGAGAGCGCGUUCAGCAUGGAAUGCGAACUCCUCCAAGCCAUCGACGUUAGGCAUCCUGAAUAUGACCGGCCCGACUUGGGCGACGGCCUGACCACUCUCAUCAUCGGUGUCGUGCGUUAUAUCCACGCACGCAAAGAUGUCCUCAACGACCAAGAACUUGUUGAUGUGGUCAAACCCCAGCCAGUGUCGCGGCUGGGAGACAUCUCCUUUGGCCGGGUAGGCAAUCUGUACCGGCUUAAGCGGUACAAAUGGGAGGAAGAAAAGGAAAACAUCAAGGCUGCGCUGAAACAAUAG